UUGGACGGGUAUUUUGCUCUGGGUCGCCAUGAUUUUUUGGGGUCGCUGGAGGAGAGGGACAUCGCGAUUUUUCUUCUUGUUAUUUUUCAGAUGUAUAAUGUGUGGGAGUAUGAGGAUAUGUCCAGUUCUCCAUACUGGACAAGGGUUAUGGUGAUUUCCUUGUGGGUUGUUCCGUCCGUCUUGGGCAAAAUUGUUCCUCAGUCCAAUCCCAGAUCUCCAAGAUGUCCCGGACCUCAGAGAAAAGGGAAAAUUUGAGACAACCGAGAGAAGACCGCAAGAACAGGCAUGGAAUUGAAUAUUGUUAGUGUCUUGUGUUAUAACAUUUGGGCUUGAGACAAAAGCAUGUACACUGUGCAACAAUAAUUAUGCUGAAAAUGUCUUUUGAGUAUCCUAUAGAAUCAUUAGCCGUAUAGGUGGAUUGCUAUCGCCUGCGUAGGGACGAGCGUUGCACCAGUAAGUAAAGUACGAGUAUCCAUUUGAUAUGAGUCGAUAGUUGCGUGGGGAUAGAGCAAAGAGAGUUAGAAUGUUGGUAGUGAUUGUCAGGUGCAUGAACAGCACGUAGUUAGUGUAAUCCGAGAGGGGGGCAUAAUAAGCGAAAAUAAAUAGGUUGCUGCGAGAGAGUCUUAAAGCUCAAUUGGUGGCAGGGCAGCGGAGGGACUGGAUGCAGAUAUUCUAGAGGAGUAGAGGUU